GCGUUGGGUUAUUUAUUUUUUUUCUUGUGAUUUAUUUGAGUGAGCCCAGCUCGCGUCUAAAUGCAAUGUCCAUGUUGGCACAAUGAGUUCGAUUUCAGAUGGAAAACAUAAUUGGUGUCCAAUAAGAAAAGUUUGCAUCAUGUUUUCGCACGUCAAGUGUGUGUGUGUUUGUGAAGUGUAAGGCGCCGCACAAAUUUCGAGUGAAAACGAUCGGCAAAAACAACAAAUCCCACCAAAAAGUGGCGAAGCAACAACAAUAUAUGUAAAAGCGGGACCCAAAAAACAACCGACAAAAACAAAUACAAAAUCAUCGAAGCCCGUAAUUAAAGGUCGGCAGAUGGGCGGCCAACGGAACUACGUGCCCUCCGCUGGCCACUCUUCCCGUGGUUGUUGUUGUUGCCCUUCCAGUUGCAGUACCCGUUGCAGUUGUUGUUGUUGCAGUUGCAGCGGACCAUCGGACGCAGCGCAGUGAGAGCGAGUGGGACAGCAAGCGAGCGCCACUAAAGGUGCGAGCGAGAGCCCUUUAAAAUGGUCUCGAAGAAACGUUCCAAUGCCGCCGAACGUGUCCAGCGCUCGACGGCGACUGCGGCAGCGGCGGCGGCAGCAGCGGCCGCUGCGGCGGCGUCCUCAACGCAGGGCAAGAAACGGCCCGGGAAGCAGGCGAAAACCUCCAGCGCUGCCGGCGAUGAAGCAGAGGAGAAAAAGUCAAGCAGCAAGGCGGAUUCGGCAGCCAAGAAGCCAGCCAAGGAUCCCACAGCGGGGUCAUCGGGAUCAGUCACUGCCCCAGAAACAUCCAGUGGAUGUGGAGGCGGAAAACCCACAGCCACCUCAACCGCCUCGGCCUCAACCUCCGCCUCCGCCUCCUCCACUAUCACAGCCGCCAACGCCACCGCCACCGCCACCGCCACCACAUCCAACAGCUUGAAACUGUCGCCCGAGGAGCGACACGAGGAUGGCAAGGCGCGAGCGAUCAACAAAAUGCUCAAGAGCCUGGACAUCAAGAUCCAUGGGUUCGACAACCUGCUGCCCAGCGGCGAGGAGCGGCUCAACGAGGGCGUGCUCAAGUCCUCCAUUUCGGAGAAUGUCAAGACCAAGUCGCGGGCAGCGGCGGUCAAGGUGAUAUCCAGCCUGAAUCCCGGCAAGCUGCCGGCUGUGAAGCGUGUGCGUCCCUCCCCAGAGCCAGUUAAGGAGAAGGUUGUGGUCGAGAAGUCUGGCGAGAAGGUGCCCGAAAAGGACAAAUCCAAGUCGGAACAGGAGAUUACCCCAUCCGCUGCUCCCGCCGAGGAAUCUCUGGCCUCGAAGGUGCCCAAAAAGACAGUGCAGCAGGCCAAAAAGACCAAGGUGGAGCCAUCGCCGUCGCCAUCGCCACAAACGCCAGCUGCAACGACAACUUUGGUGGGUACAAGCUGCGCCACUUUCAAGCAGGCGGCCGCCAAGAAUCCCGGCAAGAAACCGACGCAGGCAGAGCAGCCGAAGAAGGAGCCACCACCACCCAAGCCGGCCAAAAUGGGUAAGCCGAAGAAGGCAACGCCAGGUCAGGAUGCCAACACGCUGAAGAGCGCUUCCCGUCUGCCGGACUCCAAUACGGAAUCCGUGCAAAUGGAGCUGGAGGAGAUUGUCAGCAUGCCAACGGCCACGCCUACGGCUACGCCAACGCCCACACCUGCUGUCACACCAACGCCAACGGCUACACGCACUCCCACACCCACACCGACAACCACAUCCAAUGCCACGGAGGCAGGACAUCCGGCUCCACCGCCACCACCAUCCAACCCAACGGCUGCAGGUGCAGCCAAACAGCGACCCAAGGUGAAGUACACCAAGACCUCGGCGGGAUCGAAGGGUCGAGUGCAGCAGGCGCUGCACCAGAAGGCGCCUACUGCCUCCUGGAGCGGAGCCAAGGAUAUAUACGACUUCAAGUCGGGAUCGGAGGACGAGGAGCCGAUCAAGAUGGUGCUGCCGUCGCUCAAGGAGCUGCGCGAAUUCUCCGAUGAGGAUAACAAGCCACUCAAGCUGUUCGAGCGGGAGAAGCAGGAAAAGCAGGAAAAGAAGGAGAAGCAGGAAAAGCAGGAGAAGCAGGAAAAGCAGGAGAAGCAGGAAAAGCAGGAAAAGGCCAGAAGUCAGCCAGACGAGGAGGAGCAGCCCUUGGUCAAAAAGGAAGAGAAGGAGGUAAAGGUGAAGUUCAAGGAGAAGGAAGUUGAUCCCUUAAGCAAUGCACAGCAGUCCGAACCAGCAGCCAAAAUCACUAGCACUCCGGCCUCCACGUCGUCGGGCAAAAAGCAAGCCAAGCGCAAGCUACCCACUCCCACGCCCACGCCCACGAGUUCCAUACGCAAGAAGAAGCCGGUGGCCAAGGGCAAGGCCGCUGCGACGAAGGAGCCACCUGCCAGCGCCAGUUCCGCGGACAGCAGCUCCUCCGAGGACGAGCGGAAACUGAGUGCCUACACCGGGCCCAAGCGCCACCGGAUGGCCUCGCUAAAUGCGCUGGCCAAGGUGCAGUGCCUGUACGAGAACGAGUCGCGCACUGCCCACGAACUGGGCCUGUCCAAGGCCACGCAGCAGCCGCCGCGCAUCCGCACGCUGGACGGGAGCGACGAUGACAACCACAAGGAGUCGCCGGACAGGGACAAGGGUUCGGUGAGUCCGCCGCACACGUCCGCCGCUGCCUCGGCCGCCCAGCCGAGUGCUCCGGCGCCCAAGGAGGCGGAGCCGCGCCGCGAGCUGCGCUAUGUGCCCGGUGGCCGUGGAGUGGGCAAGCACUGGGAGUUCGACAGCGACAGCGAGACGGAGGAACUGCAGCUUCAGCAGACCCUGCCGCCGGUCAAAAAGAAGAAGCUGCCCAAGAAGGCGCCGCCCAAGAAGUCUGCCUCCAGCGAGGCGGCCGAGGCCAAGCGUAAGAAGAAGCUCGCGCAGAUCGAGGAGAGCGACGAGGAGAGCGGGGCCAGGGAGAAGGAGCGGGAAAAGCCCAAGCCGCCCAAGCAGUUGCCCAAGAAGCGCAAGACCGCCUUCACCGAGGAGCUCAUCGGCGACUACAAGGGCAUCCUCGCCAGAAAGCGAAUGGCCAGCCUGAAUGCCAGCGCCAUUGUGGCCGCCACCUACGAGGUGGAGCGGCACCUGGACAAGAAUUUGGCCAGCGAUUGCAGCAGCUUCGAGAGCUACGACGAGCUGGACACCAUGCCCAUCAACACCACCACCACCACCACCACCAACACGAGCAGCAGCAAGGCCGCAACCUCGGUUCCAAUCAAAACCGAAAUGAUCCACAUCAAAAAAGAGCCAAAGGAGACGCUACGCGAGCGGGAAAGGGAGUGCGAGCGCAAGAGGGAGCGCGAGAUGGAGCUAAAGGACUCUACUGCCGGCAAGAUGUCCAGCCAUUCGAUCAUCGAGGAGAGCAACGACUCCAAGUACUCGAAGGAGACCAAGGAGACGAACACGGACACGACCAUAACCACCACCGGCUAUCGCGAUUCGACGGCCAGCACCAAGGAUGCCAAGGACUGCAGUCGGCCCACCUCCUCCUCGGUGGUGAUUGUCCAGGACACGGACGUGACCAUCACCGGCGUCUACGUGAACGCCAGCAACGGGGCCGCCCAGGAGGCCUACUGCAAGAUGCAGUACCGCGUCCAGUCGAGCGUCACCGAGGAGCGCGUCCUGCGGCCAGGCUCCGUGGAGCCGCCCAAGUCCUACACGCCGCUCAGUGCCCUCUCCAGCAUGCUGCCGCCGGGUGCCAGUUCCGGACUAAGCGAAGCCCACAGCUCGCCGCCGCUGCCUGUCCAUGCAGUGCCAGCGGGUCCGCAUGUCCUGCUGCCCGGCGAGCACCUCAGCGCCGGGAUGUACCACGCCCCCGAUCUUGGCCUGCACACGGAGCACGCCCUGCCGGACCACCAUGGUCCGCCGCCGCCCUCGUACGCUGCUGCAGCCGCAGCUGCCGCGGCCGCCGCCGCCUACCACGCCCAUCAGCUGGCUCCGGGCGGCGGAGGCGUGCUGCACAUGCACCACCAGCACCAGUACGCCGCCCACGCGGCUCACGCCCAUCACUACCAGCAGGCGGCCGAGUACCAUGGCGGUCCGCCGCCACCACAUCACUACGGAGGUCCGCCGCCACCGCCCCAGGGCCACUAUGGACCGCCGCCGGGAGCACCCGUUCCGGUGCCGGUUCCCGUUCCCGUUCCCCUCUCCCUGCCCGUUCCCGUUCCCAAUCCCGGAGCCGGGCCCGACCGCUGCGACGUGGGAUCGCCACCGCCGUCGUAUCGCGCCAGUGCAUAUCCGCCGCCGUCGAGUGUUGGCAUGCCGCCGCCCACUUUGGGCGGUGGGUCGAGCGCCUUCUGUGCCCCGAGUCCGCUGCACCAUCACCAGCACCAGCAUCAACACCAGCAGCCAGGGCCAGGAGUUGGGCCCCCGCACCACGAUCCCAGUGGCUACUAUCAGCCGGCUGGACCGCUGAUCUCACCGCAUGUGAUCGCCGCCCCGCCACCGCCGCCCGCGCAAGUGAAGAAGCUGCAGGAGGAGGACGGCGCCGCCCCAGCUGUCGGUUCGCCCACGCAGCAGCUGCAGCAGCAGCAUCAGGCGACCGCCGAAGCCGCCGAUCAGUCGCAGUCGCAGGCACCGUCGCACGCCCACGCCCACGUACACGGCCACGCCCACAAUCCGCAGCAGCAGGCGCAGCACCCGCCGCAGCCACAGCCGUAUCCGGCCAGCGCCGUGGCGGCCGCUGCCGCUGCAGCCGCCGCCGCCGCCCACCAGGGCGUGCCCUACUCCCGCUCGAUGCACGCGGCCCAGAUGCACUACUCGACCGCCUAUCCGCCCAACUACUACGCGCCAUACCCGGGCGAGGUCAUGUGCUACUCGCCGCCCACCUACCAGCCCUACUUCUCGAGCAAGGUCUACCAGCCGUCGCACGCCGGCCACCCUGCCGCCCAUCCGCAGGUUCCGCCGCCGGGCGCCUACCGCCGCUACCCCUACUACCAGCACGCUGGUCCGCCGCCGCCGCCGCACGAGCUCUACGAGCAGCAGCAGCAGCAGCAACAGCAACAACAGCCGCCGCCACCACCGCCGCCCGUCUCGUCCGGUCAGCCGCCGUCGCAGCAACAACAACAGCAGCAGCAGCAGCCGCCCACCAGCAGCAGCAGCGGCAGUUCGGGAGCAGCAGGAGCAGCGGGCGUACCUGCUGGCAGCCAGCUGGUCCCAGCCCACCAGCAGCAGCAGCAGCAGCAGCACCUUCAACCGCAGCAGCAGCACCUGGAGCACUAUCCCGGACCGCCCAGCUACUACGCCGGCUACAGUCCCGGCGGAGGAGCCGCCUCUGGCCAGUGCUACACGCGCGGCCUGCAAGGACCGUAUAUGGAGUAUCCACCGCAGUGUCCCUGUCCAAUGCCUCAAUCGUGUCCAAAAAACGUCCAUACUGGGCCUCAUAUUGGUAGCAACAUCAUCAGCAACAUCGACCAGAGCAGCAGCAAGAACAGCAGCAGCAGCAGCAGCGGCAGCAGCAGCAGCAAUAUGUUGUUGAGUGCCUCGAGCAACAGCAAUACCAGCAGCAGCAGCAGCAGCAACAGCAGCAACAGCAGCAGCAGCAGCAACAGUACUUUGACUGCCUGCAGCAGCGCUACGACAACAACUACAGCGUCAGCGUUGACUACCAGUAGAGGCCCAGUGAAAAAUGUGACCCCCAACAAAUGCGACAGUGGCAGCAACACCACUCACAGUGGCAACACCAACAUCAGCAGCAGCAGCAACAUCAGCAACAGCAGCAGCCAGACAAGUGAGAUGACCACGCGGGCAACAGCAGCAACCAAUACGAAUACGACGGCCACCACCGCCACCACGGGCACCCAGUGCCAGAUGCUCGUCAAGACGGAACUCCAGGCCGAACAUCCGAAUCCGAAUCAGAAUCAGAAUCAAAAUCCCCAGUUGACCAAGAUGCAGUAUGAGGCGCACGUGAUGCCGCCGCCCACGCCGCCGGAGAGCUACUGUGCCAGCGACGAGAAGCUGCUCGACGACCAGGAGCAGGAGGCCGAGCUGGAGCUGCGCCUCCGUCUGGGCCUGCGGCUGGAGAAGCAUCAGCAGCAGCAGCAUCAGCAGCAGCAACAGCAGCACAUCGAGGCGUACGACCUCACCUGCAGCACCCCGCCCCCAGUCAGCAGCGUCCCCCAGGCGGCGGCAGCAGCAGCAGCAGCAGCAGUGCCGCCGCGCAAGGCGAGGAUCGGCAAGAGCAUGGCCAGGGAGAUGGUCUAUGCAGCCCAGCAGCAGCAGCAGCUGCAGCAGCAGCUGCCGGAGAAGCAGUUGAAGCAGCCCAAGGAAGCGGAUGUGGAGGCGGAACCAGAGUUGCCUUUCGUACUUAAAGCGGAAAUCAAAGCCGAAACCAAAAUCAAAAUCGAGCACGAUGGCGAGGCCCAGCAGGAGGCCAGCCCACAUAUCAGCCAACUGCCGGACCUCAAGCCCACCAUCAAAACGGAGCCAGUGCAGGAGCAGGAGCAGGAUCAGGAGCCAGAGAAGGAGCAGGAAGUUGCUCCUCCUGCGGCCAAAACAGAAGAGGAGCUGGAAAAGGAGAACGAGAACGGAAAGGAGAAGGAGAAGGAGAUGCCCGGUGGCAGCAAGCAGCGCAUCAACCUGCUGGCCUCCACCGGUGGCAACAAGAAGACCAAGACGAAGCACAGCUACAAGAGCCUGAUCAAACAGGCCGAGCCCAAGGACUACCUGUGUCCCGGCCGUCGGUUCGUCCGUCGCCACGGACGUGCCCCGGCCAAGUACGCCAAGCGGCGUCAGAUGAUCCUCACGCAGCGGCAGCAGCAGCGCAUGCGUUUGCAGCGUCGCGAGCAGCAGCAACAGCGACGCCAGCAACGCGAAGCGGCGGCGGCAGCAGCAGCUGCAGCAACAGCAGCACCAGCACAAGAAGCUUCUCCAAUGGUAACGCCUUCAGAGGCCGGAGCCGAAGCGGUCGGCAUGCAGGAGCAGCAGCAGCAGCAGCAGCAGCAGCAGCAGCAGCUCAACAGCUCGGCCACGCCCAGUGCCUCGCCGAAGAGGGCGCGGCCGCGAAAGCAGGAGAUUGCCGCUCUCCAUCUGCUCGAGGGCCUGGACACGGCGCUGAGUCGCGGCUACUUCAGCGAUCCGGAGCUGAAUCACAGCAGUCGCAAGCAGGCGCCGACGGCGGUGGGCGGUGGCCUCUAUGCCGCCUCCUCGCCUCUGACCCUGGCCCCCGACGAUCAACGGGGCAAGCAGGGUCCCGCCGCCGAGAAGCGCUCCAAGUCGGAGACCAAGAAGCCGCCGGCGGAUGCCGCUCCCCUGCCGCCCUGCAAGAAGCCACGCAAACAGGCCGCCGUCGGCCCAAAGGCCAAGAGCAAGGGCAAGAAAUCUACAGCGGGAGCGGGAGCAGUAGCAGCUGCAUCCACAGCGGAGACUCAAACGCAAGCAGCUGCCAAUCAGGAGACCAACAACAAUGAGUACCAGACGGCAGAUUUGCAGGCUCAAAAGUUCAGUGCGUCGCCGUCAGCGAAUGUCGGCGAUGCAAGCGCAACAGCAACAGGAACAGGAACGGGAACAGCAACCUCCCAACAGCAGCAACAUUCCGAUGAGCAGCACCAGUUUCUGGUGCCCAAUCAGCCGGCGGUGGCUGCCACCCAAGCAACCGCCACUCCUCCUCCGCCCACUCGUCAAGGUCAGUCGUCGACGACGACGACGACGACGACGACGACGCACACGCACACGAAGCGGGCCAGAUCGCGCUGCAAGUUCGGCAAUCGCAAGCGCCAGAGGCAGCGGCCCGGUGGCGUUAGCUACGAACUGGAUGUGACCCUGCCGCCGGCCACCAAGGCCAAUGUGGUGCCCAAGUGGAACAACGGAUGGAUGUGGUCGGGCAAGGCCUACCAGGGCGCCGUCUUUCUCAACAGUGACGAUCCGCUGGUGCUGCGCACCUGCUACGAUGCCAUGCGGCAUGUGGAGGGCGACAUCAUCCGGCUGCGGGACUGUGUGUUGCUCAAGGCCAACGAGGACAACGAGCUGCCCUACGUGGCCAAGGUGGCGCACCUCUGGCAGAACCCCGAAGACGGGGAGAUGAUGAUGUCGCUGCUGUGGUACUAUCGGCCGGAGCACACUGAUCAGGGACGGCAGCGCAACGAUUGUCCGGACGAGGUCUAUGCCUCCCGGCACCGCGACCACAACUCGGUGGCCUGCGUCGAGGACAAGUGCUAUGUGCUCACCUUCAGCGAGUACUGCAGGUAUCGUCGCCGCCUGCGUGCCGCCGAGGAGGACGUGGAAGACGUGAGCAUCGUGCCGCGAAGGCCCACCAGUGCCAGUGGCAGUGGCACCGUUCCCCGGCAUUCGGUGCGAACGGUGCCGGAGCACACCAAUCCGGAGCUGGUCAUGUUCUGCCGCAGAGCCUACGAGUUCCGGACGCGACGCCUGCUCAAGCUGCCACAGAAGAACGGGCUGGUGUGCGGCUCCAGCUAGCGCAAGGCAUGAUAGAUGAACUUUGGAGCGUAGGAACAGAACAUUAACUAGCUUAAAUUCGGAUUGCGAUGGCGAUGGCGAUGGCGAUGGCGAUGGCGAUCGGAGGAGCGAAGCGUGGAGGCGAGAGUGUAGAAGGCAAGGGGCCCUGACAGAGGACAAGGCAAAGGAAAUCAUAGAAAGAAAGUUACAUUGUUUUGAUCAGUCUACAGUAUUGUUAAAGAUAUUGUUUGUCUUUGUUGUUGAAAGAGAGAUGAGAAAUCUUGCAAGGAAGAGGUCCGGUCUGUGCAGCUGCAUUCGUUGUUCCUAACCAAAUAUCGAUUGCUCUCGUUGCGCCUCCUCGUUCGGAGUUCUCCGGACACGGACACUUACACUACCUCUGUCGGGGCAGGAUAGGAGACACACACAGCUACACACCCAGAUACCCAGACACACGGCUAACACCCAGACACACAACAGACCAAAUUGUAGGCGAGGAAUUCGCACUUAGAUGUGGAAACUUUGAGAGAUGUGAGAAAGAAAGGGAUUACAUUGGGAAGCAACUGCUGGGAGAAGCAUUAAAUAUUUUACAUUGUAUUACUUAACUUAUUUAUUCUGACAACACUCAACACAAACCUUUCCCCCCCCACACACACACGGAUAUUUUUGUUAUUAAGUUGUAUGUAUUUAUUAUCAUUAAUAUCGAGUUAGUCAGCAUUCUGUGUACAGUUUUCCGUUCGCUUUUGCUCUUGUCUUAGGAAAUUCCUUGAACCUAAAGCCGAUAUUAAUAUCCAUCAGUUUUUCCUUGUUUCUCAGAAAUCAUUUUAAUAAACCUUUGCUAACUAAAUGUUUUGGGCGCCACAGCAAUCUCUUUAAACAGACAGCCAAUUGAAAAUCAAUAAUCAAAAAAAAAAAUAUAUGUAUUAAACAACAAGACAACAAAGUGUACUAAAUUACAGGUGUCUCGCAAAGUAAAGUAAAAUAAGUUUUAUGCGUACAAACUAUAGGUAAAGUCUACCGACUUUAAAACCUAAUGAUUUCUGUAUUAAAAGGGAGAAUUGAAUCGGUCCCCAAAUUUGUUCAACAAACAACCCUCAAUAAUUUGCGAGGCUAUCUUGAGUUAAGGUUCUCCACUCUCGUUUCAUUUACAACCAAAAUUAAAAAUUUCGUAAUCUUAAUUUAGUCAAUAAAUUCGGAUAUAUGUAAAUCCAGGCUUAACCUGUUGAUGCUCAGGCAAAUACUUUGCGCACAGACAGACCAACUUAACAUAAACUAUUAAUUCUUCGAAAUGAGAUUUCUGGCUCCAAAGGCGGAAAACUGGAAGACUUGACAUCGAUUUUUUGCUAGGCACUGUUUGUAUAUUUUUUUAGUUGUUGUUAGUUUUUGUAAGCGAAGGAAAAAACAUUUUGUACUCUCGAAUUGAGAAUUAUUUUUUGUUUUCGUUUUUUUUUUUGGAAAUUUGAUUUCAGAUGUAUCAUUUUCUGUUUACUUUGUAAUUCAGCUACAAACAGUUAAAAAUUAUGUUUAAAAAAAGAAACAACAGAAACAACAACAAGUCACAUUAUAUUAAAUAUACAAAUAUAUAUAUAUAUAUAUAUAUAGUUCUUUAUAAACAAAUAUCCGUAUCCAUAUAAAUAUUUUUUUUUAAUCCUAAUUUAAUUUAGUUUUAGCGUUUUUAGUUACUAAGUUUGUAUUGCUAAUAGUUUGUUUUAUACCAAAUACACAAAAAAACAUAAUGCGAUUAUAAAAAAAGAACCUAUUUAUGCACACCCAAACACACAUACAUCUAUGCACAAGUGUAUAGUUUUAUAAAUAUAUAUGAAUUGUAUGUACUAUUUUUUAAACCAUUUUUUCCUGUUUUCGUUUUUGGUCUUUAAUUGUGACAUGAAAGCGGGGAGUUCUUUUUGGAGCCUACUUUCGGGCUGACAAUGGAAAGAAUUUGUUUCCAGAUCUGCUGGAUGCGUGGGCGGUUAGGUGUAGGCUAGUAGGCGUGGCAAUGUGUAGAGCUAUGGGUAAAGCAACGUAGGACAACUGGAAAUGCUGUCGACGCUUUGGAAUAGAAUGUGCAAAAGAUAGAAAUCGUAUAUAAAUACACACAUAUAUAGGGAGCAUAGCCAGACAUAUGAUACAAGUAUACAACAACACACACACACACACACACACUCACACACAUACAUACAUACAUACACACUCACGCACACAAGGAUCGAUCCAUUAAUACAUAUGUAUACCUAGAGAAGCAGGACGAUGAAAGAAUUCAAUUAGUGAAAAUCAACAAGCAACCACAAAUUGUAGCCUAAAUUACCAAAACAAAACAAAACGAAACAAAACAAUAUAUUUGUAUGCCAUAUAUAUAUAUAUUAUAUAUACACAAUACAUAUACAUAUACAUACACAUAUACAUAUACAUAUAUAUAGAAAUCUAUAUAUACUGGAGCCUUGUUCCUGCUGGGCCAAUACAAGGACACAUAUAUAUUUCUAUAGGCAAAUUGAAGGUACCACAGGAAGCAACCACAACAGAAAGCAAUUCAAAUCAGUUUGUAUUAUAGAUGGGAGACGUCCAAGGUUUUGGCGUUCUUCACAGCAGAGAACAGUCAACCCCCACUAACAGAAACACAACCACACACACACACACACACACACACAUACACAAGUUUAAAGAUGAACCAAAAAUGUGGAUCCCUUAUUGUAUUUUGUAGAGAAAUCUAAAACCCAAGAAACUCGUUUAAAAAUCAUUUCAUUCCAAUCUGAUCAGAGUAGUUUGGCAUGAUAAUUUCCAUAUAGUUAUUAGUUAUAGUUAUACGUCUGUGAGCCCACGGUCUGAUCAUUUUCCUCGAUGUUUGCUUUAAGAAAUACAUUUUUUAAAAACCAUAACGUACCAUUGAAAAUCCACAACACAACAAAUGCAAAACGAACAUUAAACAGAGCAAAAACCAAAUAAAUCUAAUAAACCAGGAAGAACAAAAACAAAACAAGAUCAAUAAAACAAAUUAAUAUAAUUAUUGUUUAUUACUAGACUAAUAAAUGUAUUUUUUGGCAGAUUA